AUGAUCAAGGACCUCUUUCCAGAAAAGUCCACUGCGCGGAUAAACGAGUUUAACAGCUUCCAUAUGCAGACGAACGAGAGCAUGUCGAGCCUCACUCAGAGGAUGAAGACGCUCAUAAGGGUCCUACAGAGACCAGAGGGCAUGGCCGCCCAGAAGCUGCUUGACACAAUUGAGCCGAAGCAGUUUCGGAGCGAGGUCAGGAGGGUUGUAUGGGCCGAGGAUACAAGUGACGACGACCUAACAGUCGAACAGAUCAGCAAGGUGGCAAUCCGCUUGGAGAAGAAACGUUGCACAGAAGCGCUCUGGAGUUCCGCCUCUCAGCCGAGCACACACAGUGACGCGGGACGCGGCCCCGCCGCGAAGUCGGCUGGCCCCGCCGAAAGGGCCGCUGACAACCGCAAGUGCCACAAUUGUGGCCAGUUCGGCCACAUCGCCAGGGACUGCCGGUCACCACCGGCGCAGAAGGGCCGUAUUGCCCCAAUGGUUCAGGCCAACGCAGCGGCAGCGCCACAGCGCGGCGGCUUAGCGAAGGCUGAGAGCAAGUGUUACGAAUGCGGAGAAUUUGGCCACUGGGCUUCUCAAUGCGCAAAGAAGCGCGCCAAGCAGCAGGCGCCCGGCGCGCCGAAGAAGUGGUGCACGCAUCACAACUCCAGUACGCAUGAUACGGCCGAAUGCAAGGCCUUGCAGCAUCCCAGGGCGCCAUCAUCGCCGCCCCUUGCGAACGCUCGCGCCGCGCAA